CCAAGUUGCAGUCCCGUUAGGGUGUGCAGGUUCUCACCCAACUCCAUAUAUUUAGUGUCCGGUGGGUCUGACGGAUCCUUGGUAUUGUGGAAUGUACCACUGAUGAAAUUUUACAGAUCAGGCCUAGUGAAGGAUGGUUCCCUGGUGGCCUGUGCCUUUGCCCCUGGAGGAAAUCUAUUUAUCACAGGUUCCUCAUCAGGUGAUCUAACAGCCUGGGAUGAGAACAUGCGAUGCUUGUACAAUGAGAAGGCACAUGACUUGGGUGUGACCUGCUGCGACUUCUCCUCACAGACAGUAACUGACGGGUUACAUGGCACUGAGUGUUUUCAGAUGGUCUCUUGCGGUCAGGACUAUGAGAUUCGACUCUGGCUGGUUUCACAUAGUGAUGAGAGAGGCUUGGAAAUGCGAUGCAAACUGACACUGAGUGGACACACGCCCCUGUCCUUUCCUGUGCCUUUUCCAGUGAUGGUCAGACCAUCGUCUCUGGGUCUGUGGACAAAUCUGUUAUAAUUUUUUCCACCAAAACUGGAAGUAUCCUGCAUAUCCUGACACAUCACACACGCUAUGUGACUGCCUGUGCUUUAGCACCAAAUCAGCCUUUGCUGGCCAUUGGAUCCAUGGACAAGACUGUGACUAUCUGGAAACUGGGACCAGCCAGUCAGUCAACAGUUGGCAGGUUGAGAAGAACAGAGAGCCAUAUUGAGAACUGGACAGAGAAAGAUGUCAGGAACUGGCUUUCCGCAGAAGGCCUGGCAGAGGUAGAACAGCAGUUCAGCUCCAACAAUAUUGAUGGCAAAGAAUUACUUGACCUCACCAAGGACACGCUGCUCAAUGACCUGAAGAUAGAAUCCCUGGGACUGCGAAAUAAGAUUAUGAGAAAGAUAGAAGAAUUACGAAGCAAGAUGAAAGCAGCUUCUUCCAACAUCCCUGAAGAAUUUCUUUGCCCCAUUACAUGGAGAUCAUGAAGGAUCCGGUCAUUGCAUCAGAUGGUUAUUCUUAUGAGAGAAGUGCGAUUGAAAGCUGGAUAAAUACGAGGAGGACAAGUCCUAUGACCAACCUUCCACUAGAGAAUCUUCUUCUGACUCCAAAUCGAACACUAAAAAUGGCGCUAAACCGCUGGCUAGAGACAAGGCCUGACCAGAAUGACAAGCAAGCGGCGACCUAA